AUGUCCAGUGUAGCUGUUUUUGUUUUUCUCCUGGACAAUAUAGUAGGAUUCAAAAGCGCCCUCAACGAUUCUCUGGCACUUAAUGCUAAGUUAACUCACAGUAAUGAAACACCAGUUAUAAAGAACUGUGACCCGCACACCACCGAGCUGAUACUGAGCGCCGUCAGUCAUGAACUCGACCUAGUCAUCGUGCCCUCCUUCAAGACUGAUAGCAACCCCCUCAGCGAACAGCUGAAAGAUUCUCAAGAAAUGUUUAACACUGUCUUCGACAACUCUUUACACGAUCCAGUUCAUGGUAACGAUAUCUCGAUGUAUGACAAAACAAUUUUAUCAGAGAACGAAUUUAAGUCGUUUAAAAGUUUCGGCGAUAAACGUCACCUAAACACAACUAAAACGGUUGCACAAAAAAUAAAGAAUGAGACAAAAAUUGAGUUUCCCUCGAGCGCGCCUUUUUUGGUCGCCAUAUUUGAAACGAUAGCUAAUGUUACUGCGCAAACUUGUGCGGGGACUUUGAUCACGCCGCGGUGGGUGCUCACUGCUGCCAACUGCAUUAAUAUAUUGACCAAUGUGUAUGCUAACAACACCAACACGACAGAGAAAAAUCAUUACUACACAGUAGUGGCAAGUUCCUUAAAUCCUCUGCUGGAUGGGUCAGCGCACAAUGUGACGACGGUCCUGGUGCACCCUGAAUCCAACUCAUCACAACUUGCUAGCAUGAGCGGAGAAAUGGGUCCAUACUUGGCCUUGAUGAAGAUUGAGCCUGCGGUGGAAGUUCCAACCAUGGAGCUGAUGUCGGAGGACAUAACGAGUGGAGAAGUUAUAGUGUACGGUUGGAUUUUGUCUAAGAACGAGUCUGCCCACGACGCACUGUCUCGCACGUCGACGGCGAGCCAGAUCCUGAGCCCUGCGGAGUGCCAGGCCAUGUACAGCUACAAGGAUAAUGACGUGCUCUGCCUCAUCAGCCACAAUAUGUCCAAGAAUAUUAUGCAGCUCAGUUCUGGAGGUCCCGUACUCAUCGUGCACGAGGGUAAGGUGAAGAUGCUGUCGGUGGUGCAGACUGACGAGCACGUGUUCGUAUCCUACCCGCUCGCGGCACACUACGACUGGAUCGUGCAUACUCUUAAUAAUAAAUAA